CGUCUCUACUCAUCAAGCCAAGACUGUUUCCCUAUUCACUAGAACAUUUGAAUCCUAAGCUUCAAAAUGGGUUCUAACCCAAUAAGCGAAUCUGGUUUUGUACCAGCAACAUUUCAAGUUUUUCUUGAAAAAUUUCUGACUUUUGCUCAGAAUGAAAUUGCUCUCAUCUUAGAUGCCGAAGAAGAAUUCAAGAAGCUGAAAAGAGCAGUCCUCAAGGUUGAAGCUCUCGUGGACUGUGUCGCAAUCAAGCAGCAACUGUGGUGCCAUAGCAGCCAGAGGGCCGUUCAGCUUUGGCUUCGCGACCUUCAGAAUGUUAUACAUGAUGCCGAUGACUUACUAGAUGAGAUUGACCUUGGGCUUAUGAAGCUUAACUCCAACACUGACGGGGAGGAGCGGACCCAAAAGGAUGAGGUAAUCAAUCUAGUCUUUCCUGAAUUGAAAGUAGGGAUUCCUCGUAAGAUGGCUAAUAUUCGAGAGAGGCUAGAAGGCAUGGCAAGGGAGAUGGAUGGUCUCUUUAUGACUGAUUUAGUCAACAUCCAGCAGCCUAACUUUAUCGGAGAUGUGCAGACUAGCUCAUUAGUGAAUAAAUCAUUUGUGAUAGGAAGGCAGACAGCUCUGAAUGAGAUUAAGGGACUGUUGUCGCUAGGGGAAACAACAACUUGUGAUAUUUCUGUUAUUUCAAUCGUGGGCAUGGCUGGGGUUGGUAAAACCACACUUGCCCAACUUCUCUUCAAUGAUGAUGAUGUGAUGAGGCAAUUUUCACGCAUCUGGGUGUCUGUUUCUAAGGAAGAUACUGUGGAAAAGAUCACACAUUUAAUUUUGGAGUCUAUUGAACCAGAGGCAACAAUGCUUCAGGUCUUGAAUUUGAACGCUACUCAAACUAGACUUCAAACUGCACUUUCCGAAGUCAAGUUUCUGAUUGUGUUGGAUGGCAUGUGGAAUGAAAAUGGAAGAGAUUGGGAUAGGCUAUUAUUGCCUCUCAAAGCCAAUGCUAAAGGAAGCAAAAUCUUAGUAACUACAAGAAGCAUGAUUGUUUCUAGAAUUGUUUCCACAAUCCCAGCCUAUCAUGUGAAGACUUUAUCUGUUGAAGAAUGUUGGAGUCUGAUCAAACAAAAAGCAUUCUCUUGUAUAAAAGAAGACGAGCACCAAGAAUAUGAGAAAAUCGGUUUAAAAAUUGCACAAAAAUGUAAGGGGUUGCCAUUAGCUGCAAGAGUUAUUGGAAAUAUUCUGCGUACUAAAUUUGACAAGGAGGGAUGGCAAGCUGUAUUAGCAAGUAAAUUAUGGGACCUAGGGCAUGGUGCAAAUGAGCUUCUUCUUGCAUUGAAAAUGAGCUAUGAUCAUUUACCUUACUCCUUGAAAAGGUUUUUCAUAUUGCUCAAUUUUUCCUCCUGAUUAUGAGUUCAAAAGGGAUGAAUUGGUCCAAUUAUGGAUUGGAGAAGGGUUUAUUGAAAAAAGAGCAUUGAGAAGACCAGAAGAUAUUGGCAAAGAUUACUUUGAUCUUUUGUUGUCGAGCUGCCUUUUCCAAGUUUCACGUGAGGGUCAAGGCAAUCAUCAGACAUACAAAAUGCAUGAUCUCAUUCAUGGCGUUGCUGAAUUUGUUUCUGAUGGGUUAUGUUUCAGAUUGGAAGAUAACAUUCCACGUCCACCACAAAAUCUUAAAACUCACCCGGUACUCAACCUUGCUCUGUAAAGAUAUUCAACCAUCAGCGGCUUGGAAGGUUUUUCACAGAUGUAGCCACUUGCGAACGUUCAUUUUGUUGUCUCAAGGUGCAGAUAAAGUUCACCAAAUCCCUCCUGAAAUUUUCCACAAGAUGCCUUAUAUCAGAGUACUAGAUUUAAGUCGUACUAACAUUACGGAACUGCCUAGUACAAUUGAUAAGUUGAGGCACCUUCGUCAUCUUGAUGUCUCGAACACAAACAUUGAAAGCUUGCCAGAAUCAAUCACAAAGCUACGAGGGUUGGAAACCAUUAAGCUAAACAAUUGCCUGCAGUUUCGUCAUUUGCCUAAAGAUAUGAAGAACUUGACGAAUCUUCGACACCUUGAGUUGGAUAUACAGAGGCAAAUAAACUCUAUGCCAGCACAAUUUGGAAGGUUGACAAAUCUUGAAACUUUAUCUGCAUUUCUUGUGGCCAAAGAGAAGGGACAACAAAUUGAGGAGCUUAAAGAUAUGAAUUGCCUUCGGGGAGCCAUUUGCAUCACCAAUCUUGAAAAUGUUACAAAUAAUGAAGAAGCUGCCGCAGCCAAGUUAGAUCAGAAAGCAUAUCUGGACAACUUAAAGUUAGAAUGGGAGGUUGAAUAUCACCUCACAGCACCAGAAGUCUUAGGAGGUUUGCGGCCUCAUAAUCUGAUCAAGGAGCUAACUGUAUCAGGUUAUAGUGGUGCUACAUUCCCAGAUUGGCUCACAAGUCAGUCACUUUGCAUGCUACAAAGCGUUUACUUGCAUAACUGCUACAAAUGCGUAGCUCUUCCGUCUCUUGGUCAACUUCCAAUGCUCAAUUCUCUUUACAUUCAUAACAUGCCUGACUUGGACUCUAUAGAUGAAAACUUUACAGGUCGUGGCAUGUCUUUUCCUUCUUUACUGAAACUAAAACUCAACAAUAUGCCUAAGCUUCGAGACUGGACAGAUUUUCAAAUUGGUAACAUGCCUAAACUUUGUCAUCUUCAAUUAGACAUUGUCCGAUCUUACAGUUCCUUCCUUCCCUCGGAUGUCUCACUUCUCUUGAAAAAUUGGAAACUAGUCGUUGUCGACAAGUUCAAUUCUCGCCAAAUGGAGAAGUACCAGAAUCCUUGAAUUUCUUAAUUAUUACACAGUGUGACGUCUUGCGUCCUGAUGAGAACAUGAUAAAUUCAAUCUCCUACGUUGAAGUUGAUGGUCAAAUUCCUGAAGGAUAACUACCUGCCAAUUGAAUGCUCUUUUAUUUUUGAAGCUACACAGAUGAAUGGAAGGGUUGAGCUAAAGCUGUAGAUGGAUCCAAGUUGGUCUAUUUGUGCCAUUCAACGUUUUGGUUUGAUGGUCAGAGUAUGUUUGUCUCUCACCCAUCCAGUCAAGAGUUCGAUGUGAUGCAGAAACCAGGAAUCUUAAGUGAGUUUAUUUGUAAUUUGGAGGCUUGAACUGGAUAUAGAUCAUAUUAUUGGAA